CCAUGGAGGUAAAAGGUACAGAUUAUUCUUUUGCAACCAAGACUGGUUCACCAACUUCACCCUAUGGAGAAAUACAUGACUGUAAUGGUGAAGAUUUUCGAAGUCCGUGUCCAUAUUUUUCAUCUGCGAUUAUCAACACCAGAGAAACUGGACUAGUCGUCAGCCCUUCAGUCACGUGGGGUAAGGUCAGUGGAUGGGCUACAGCGAUUAGAAACUUUAAAAUUUCUUCGGACGGAACUGAGAUCACCUUUGGCUGUCUAGGAUGGUGUGGUAUAUGUGGACCCUCAACAGGAUCUAUCACGUUUCAAGUUUCAAACGAGUUCGUAUCGGCUGCAGCCGCAACAGCAGUCAUCUGUCAAACAUGAAGAUGUAGUGCUAAAGACAAGGGACAAUAAACGACAUAGUACAUUAAAUGAAAGCAACCUUUAAUUUUAUAUAUACACUUUGUAAAAAGAAUGAUUUUCAUUGUGAUGAAUAUUAGUUGACUUGAGCGUUCGCUCAAAGAUCGAUGGCUGCUCAAGGUACAUGUAUUGAUAAAAGAUUUUCAUACCACUGCAUAAAAAUAGCAUUUGAUGACUGGUUCAAGAAAUUAGUCAGUCUUCUUUCCCUUUAAAUAUAUAUUUCGAAAAUGGCUUCUCUACAAAAUUUUGAGAAGAGUUUUUGGGCAAUUGAAAAAAGAUCAAGCAAAGGCUCUUCAUAUGUAAUUUUUUGUAAGAACCGGCAGUUCCACCCUUCCUCCAGCGUUAUAUUUUGUCAAAUUUCAAUCAGUACAUUAUCUCAGGAUUCUUAGGUAUUAAUAUAACUACUGAAGAAGAAUAAAUUUUAUUUGGGCACAAAUUUUCGUUGAUUUGUCAUUUAGAAAGAGUUCGUGGAAAUAAAAGUUCGUUGUUUCGAAAUUUGUUCAAUUCAAAAUAUAGUCAUAUAAAAUUUAGUGUGGGUUUAUUUUCGUCGAUAAUUGUGAACAACGAAAUUUAAUUCCCUUUGAAUAUUUCUGUUUCUGCAGUGAUACUUGUAAUGGCUUCGCUGUUUUCAAGAAGAAAAUAUUAAAAUACUUUUUUUACUAUAUAAAAUCUUCGCCGCCCUCCAUUUCUCUUAGAGCAUCUCUAAUAAAGCAGCUCUUACAUAUAUCUGUAUCCUUUGGGAAUUAGACAGAAGAACCGCUAGUCAGCUUAUAGCAUAUAUCAUCUGAUGGCCAGCCUUUUAUUAAUAAAA